AUGUAUAAGGUUUGGUUACUAACUUUGAGUUUUCUGUUGCUCUCUGGAUUAUUAAACACAGCAGAGGCUCGGGUACUACCAUACGAAUCUUCAAACCCCAAAAUAGGAGAAGAAGGGGUUUGGGAUCUAAGGAUGAUCAAAGAGAUCAAGGCUGAGGUAGGUGGAAGUUGUUCACCACGUGCAGGUGGUAAAGGGCCACCCAGAAGUCCAGGCUCAUCAAAUAUACCAGGCUCCCCUAAACGUUGUAAACCUCCUUAGUAAUAG